AUGGACAAGCCUCAUGCGCUCCUAGUCGCUAGCCCUGGCUUAGGCCACCUUAUCCCUGUCCUCGAGCUCGGCAACCGUCUCUCCUCCGUCCUCAACAUCCACGUCACCAUUCUUGCGGUCAGCUCCAGCUCAUCCUCCCCAACCGAAACCGAGGCUAUACGUGCAGCGGCGGCUAGAGGGACAUGUGUAAUUACGGAGCUGCCCUCCGUCGAUGUAGACAACCUCGUGGAGCCAGACGCGACGGUGGUCACUAAGAUCGUAGUGACGAUGCGAGCCAUGAAGCCCGCGGUUCGAGAAGCCGUGAAGUCAAUGAAUCGAAAACCGACGGUCAUGAUCGUUGACUUUUUCGGUACGGGGUUGAUGUCCGUAGCCGAUGACGUAGGCAUGACAGGUAAGUACGUAUACAUCCCUUCGCAUGCAUGGUUCUUGGCAGUGAUGGUGUACUUGCCCAUGUUGGAUAAGUUAGUGGAAGGGGAAUACGUUGAAAUCAAGGAGCCUAUGAAAAUACCGGGUUGUAAACCGAUUGGACCAAAAGAGCUUAUGGAAACGAUGUUAGACCGGUCGGACCGGCAGUACCGGGAGUGUCUACUAGGUGGCGAGGAGAUACCUACGAGUGAUGGCGUUUUGGUAAAUACUUGGGAAGAGUUACAAGGGAACACACUCGCUGCGCUUAGAGGGGACGGAGAAUUGAACCGGGUUGUGAAAGUUCCGGUUUAUGCUAUUGGGCCUAUUGUUAGGACAAAUGGGCCUAUUGGAAAGCCCAAUAGUAUCUUCGAGUGGUUAGACCAGCAACCGGAAAGGUCAGUUAUGUAUGUGUGUUUAGGGAGUGGUGGAACGUUGUCGUUAGAGCAAACUAAGGAACUUGCUUGGGGUUUAGAGUUAAGUGGUCAAAGGUUUUUAUGGGUUCUACGUAAGCCUACUUCUUACCUCGGAGUGAACUCGAGAGAUGAUGAUCAGGUGACUGCGGGUCUACCGGAAGGUUUCUUGGACCGCACGUGUGGUAUGGGUCUUGUGGUUACGCAGUGGGCACCACAAGUUGAGAUCUUGAGCCAUGGUUCGAUCGGUGGGUUCUUGUCUCAUUGCGGUUGGAGUUCGGUAUUAGAGAGUUUAACUAAAGGAGUUCCGAUCGUGGUUUGGCCUCUCUACGCGGAACAAUGGAUGAAUGCCACGUUGCUGACUGAGGAGAUCGGUGUGGCCGUUCGUACGUCGGAGUUACCGGCAAAGGGAGUGAUCGGCCGGGAAGAAGUGGCGUUUCUGGUGAGAAAGAUUAUGGUGGAAGAGGAUGAAGAAGGAAGGAAGAUAAGGGCUAAAGCUGAGGAGGUGAAGGUUAGCUCCGAACGAGCUUGGAAUCAAGGUGGGUCGUCUCAUAGUUCUCUAUUCGAAUGGGCAAAAAUAUGUCGUCUUGUGUCAUCAUGA